AUGCACUCCAACAACUAUGUCGACUACCGUGAGACGCGACCAUUUGACGAGAUAAUGUUAUACUCUGGAUGGUUGGCAUGCGGAUCACGUCUCACUGCUCCUCAUCUGCAUGAGCGUGUUAUGUGCCAGUUUAGCUACACUCAGACCAUUCCCAGAGACCAUGUUGUCUUUGCUCCUCCUGCUUUGACACAUAGACAGAUGGAUGACAUGUUUUAUGAUUAUGAGAGUCAUCUGGUACUAGAGGAGGCACAAACUAUCAUGACCCCGAGCGACUGGAGCUACGUGGACGGGUACAUCAGGUGGUUCUUCAGGGUGUCACAUCUGUAUAUGAUGCAUGUUGUUCUAGAAGACCCACUGAGACUAGCUCAUCAUGAGAUACUAGAGGAGGAGUAA